ACUAACAAUUACAUACAUGUUGUGUUUAGUGCUGCUGGUAGUGCUGACGCCGUUGUUGCCUCCAGUAUUUUAUACACUCUUAAUUUAGCCGUAGCCGUGAUCGUGUUCAAAAUUAACUGACGUCUAUCUAACAGUCAUAUCAAGUGAACGAACAUACAUACGUAGCAAACAACUGUCAUUUUUGUUCGUUCAUUGUAUUUGUAAUCAAGAAUAUCUAGUUGUGUUAUUGGUGUUGUUGUUGUUUUGUGAACGACAACAAAAUCGCAGUGAAAAGUGUUUGUUUUACUUACGUAGUCUUGCGUAUACAUUGAGUCAAUUACAACAAUAUGGAAGCGAAUUAUACGCCGCACAUUUAUAAUGAAUAUAAAACACGCAAUAUUUUAAGUCUGGCCGAUCGUGUCGAAGUCAUACGCGAAUACGAUAGUCACCUAACACGACCGAGUCUUCAAAGCUUGGCUCAAAAAUUUGAAUGUAGUUCAAAACAAAUUAAAAAUAUUCUUUUAAAUCGUGAAACAAUUCUACAGCAAUACAAUAACGGUGAAGCGGGACCACAAAAAGAAUCGAGCGGUCGUGAUGAUGGUUUACAAAAGAGACAAGAAAAGAUCGCCUUUCUGGGCAAAGUCAUAUAUGAAUAUAUACAAAGAGUAUUAUACUAUAACUAUAAUAUUGAUGAUGAGAAAGUGAGACAGAAAGCUUUACAGAUUAAAGAAUGUAUAGCAGUGGAAAAUUUCCAGCCCACCUAUGCCUGGUUGGAAAACUUUAAAAUGACUUAUGGUAUACCCGCGUUUGAUUUACAAUCAUUGCGCAAUAAUAUUGUGAUAACAGAAGCUAAACGUCCACAUUUAAGUGCAAUUGAUAUGAUACAAUAUGUCAGUCGCAUGGAACAGGAGGAACAAGAGCAGAAUCGUAAUAAAUCCUUUACUAAAGUCGAUAUAAAUGGCAAUGGUCGUUUAGGCAACAACAACAACAAAAAUCACAGCAGCAACAACAACAAUCAACUUAAUGGUCUAGAACCCAAGAUUAUCUAUGAAAUCGAAGAUGAAGAACAAGAUGAAGAGUUACAAAAAUUAAACUUUUCCGAUUCACCACCCAAAGCUUCAAUACAUAACACUUCCAGCUCACCUGCUAUCAAAUAUACCACCAAACGUCGAGCAUCUUCUCCAUUUCCUGAUAUAGAAUCUGUGGAUGGUGCUCUUAAGCAUAUUAAAGCUUUAGAGGAAUAUGCCAUGCUGCAUGAUAACUUUAGAGCUAUAGGUUUGCUAACCCAAUUGGAGCAGAUUUUCAAGAAACAAAUGAAAAAGGAUUAAAAGUUUUUCAUCUAUAUUUUAUCCAUAAUUUCCUUAAACGAAAAUACAUUGUUUUAAAUGUGUUUUUGUUGUUUAUAAACAUUCCAUGGAUUUUUUAAAAAUUAUUAUUUAUAAUUAGAAUUAAUUAAUUUUUAGUAAUUUUAAUGUAUAAGUAUGUAAAUAGAUUUUUUUUUUAAAUAAAAUAGACUUACCUAUUUGCCCGAAAGUGUAAACUGUAAGUAGAAAAAAAUAAUAAAUUGA